AACCAAAUUGGUUUGACCAAACAAUAAUUUUAACAAGCACACAACUAAAGAACAAGAAUUAGUUUUGCUAAUUACCAAACACAUCAAAGAAUAUGUCAAAAAAAUAUUAAAAAUUAAACUAAAACUAAACCACUUCUUCUUCCUCCUCCUCCCUUUUUAUAUCACCAUAAUUAAAAGUCUUCUUCUUUUCUGCUUUUAUUCUCCCCAAAUUUCCCAAUCAAUCUAUCCCUUUAUUUUUCCUCAAAAAACCCUCCAAAUUAUUCUAUGCUUAAUCAAUUUAUUACCCUAAUAUAAUCCACCUAUUUCUACUCCAUCAAUGGCGGUUUCUCCGACGAUAUUCCCGCAACGCCGCCGUCGGCCACCCCCGACGUCGUUCCUCUCUCCUCAGUUAUCUACGCUCGACCUUCUCCGCUCCCUUCACUCUCUCUCCUCCGAGAUCUCCUCGCUCCGUCCUCCUCGCUUCCUCUUCAAGCGAAACAGCGUGUCGAUUAUUCGGAAAUGCGCUCUUAUCGCCGUCAUCUUCGAUGAAAUCUUCCGUCAGCUCAACCACCAGUACUCCGCCGCUGUCUUCUCGCCUUCCUCUCUCCUCUGUUUCGAAGAAAUGUUCAUUGUUUUACAGCGAAUCAGAGCUUUGAUCGAAGACUGCUCUAAUGGCGGCAGUAAAUUGUGGCUUCUGAUGCAGAUUGAGCCCAUUUCUAGCACUUUCCAUGAGCUGACCUUGGAUUUGUGGACUUUGCUUGAGAUUCUCCCUAAAAUUGAGCUUAAUUUGAGUGAAGAUGUUGAUGAAUUGCGCAAUUUGGUGAUCAAACAGUGCCGAGAAGACAAAUCGUUUGUUGAUCCUGAAGAUAAUCGGUUACGAAUUGAGGUUUUUACCAUGCUUGAUUCGAUUAGGAAGGAGAUUGUUCCCGAUCAUUCGAAACUCGGUGAGUUGUUCGCCAGAUUAGGGAUGAGUGACUCAGCGAGUUGCCGAGAAGAGAUCGAGUGGUUGGAAGAUGAAAUUCAGUGCCAAAGCGACGAGAAAUCGAAAUCAGAGGUGGUUUCUUUGAUCGGACUUGUGAGAUAUACGAAAUGCGUUCUUUUCGGCGCAUCUUCGAGUUUAAAUUCCGAGGAGAAUCUCCGCCGGUGUUUAUCGUCGGAGAUAAAUAUACCGGCGGAUUUCCGGUGUCCAAUAACUCUUGAUCUGAUGUCUGACCCUGUUGUUGUGGCUACAGGACAGACGUACGAUCGAAUGUCAAUUGUGCUGUGGAUCGAAUCGGGUCAUAACACGUGUCCUAAGACCGGUCAAAGCUUGAUUCACACGAACUUGGUACCUAAUAGAGCGUUGAAGAGCCUGAUUGCUAUGUGGUGUAGGGAACGGCGGAUUCCUUUUGCAGCGGCGGAGAGUAGUGAAGGCCAAAAUGGCGUGGCUUUAAAUAAGGCGGCGCUUGAGGCGACGAAGAUGACGGUGUCUUUUUUGUUGGGGAAGUUGGGGUCUGGUUCACAAACGGUGGAGACCUUAAAUCGGGUAAUAUACGAGCUUCGGGUAUUUGCUAAGACCGAUUCGGAAAGCAGAGCUUGUAUUGGGGAAGCCGGGGCUAUCCCUUUAUUGGUAAGGUAUUUAGGUUUGGAACACCCGAAGCUACAGGUUAAUGCUGUGACAACCAUACUUAACUUGUCCAUACUCGAGGCAAAUAAGGAUAGGAUCAUGGAGACGGAUGGGGCGUUAAACGGUGUUAUUGAAGUGCUACGCUCGGGAGCCACUUGGGAAGCAAAGGCCAAUGCGGCAGCUACAAUGUUUAGCUUAUGUGCGAUGAAUGCAUAUAGGAAGAGACUCGGGAAGAAGACACGCGUUAUCAAAGGAUUGCUGGAGCUUGCUAGGGAAGGACCUACGAGUUCUAAAAGGGAUGCCAUGGUGGCAAUAUUAACCUUGGCAGGAGAUAGAGAAACCGCCGGGAGGCUGGUCGAGGGUGGGGUCUUAGAUAUGUUAAAGGAGGUUAUGGGGGAGCUACCAGAAGAAGCGAUGACUAUUAUGGAAACUGUGGUUAAGAAGGGUGGUUUUGUCGCAAUAGCUGCAGCUAGCCAUAUGAUUGGAAGACUAGUGGCUGUGUUAAGAAGUGGUACAGAUAGGACAAAGGAAAGCGCAAUUGCCACCCUUGUAAUAAUUUGUCGCAAAGGAGGAGCAGAGAUGGUGUCCGAGCUAGCAAGGAUAACAACGAUUGAGAUGGUAAUAUGGGAGUUGAUGGGUACAGGGACCGCCAGGGCUAAGAGGAAAGCUGCCUCGCUCAUGCGAAUACUCCGAAGGUGGGCAGCUGGUUUAGAAGGAGAUGUAUUGGAAGAGUUCUCCAUCACCAUGGCAUUACAAUGAAUUCUUUAGUAUGUGCCACUGUCAUGUAAUUGUACAAAAACAAAGCUAGUGUCAAAACUCCUCUUUUUUUUCACCUUUGAAUUUAUUUCCGACAUCAUUGUACAUGUCCUGCAUAGUUUUAAUUGUUUCCUUUGGUCACUAUUAUACACAAAACAUGUUAAUAGUCAUUCUUUCUUUUGUGUGAAUAAACAUACAACUUCCUUGUUUUGUUAUAGUA